UUCCUCAUAAGCGUAGAAUGAAAGUAAUCUCAUCUCGAUUGUCGGUUUGGCCAGAGGAUACUUUUCCACAAAAGUAACAGCAACGUUUCUCAUUCUUUUUAUUUUAUGUUUUGAGUAAGUGCAUUUGUUCUAAAAUGAAGUGGCAUGUUUUUCUUUGUGUACUUUUGAUGUAUAACCUUAAGGUUUCAAGUUCAAGCUCUGCGGCGAACAGGUGUUUCUGCCAGGUGACCGGUAGCCUGGAUGACUGUGCUUGUGACGUGGAGACAAUUGAUACCUUCAACAAUGAGCAACUCUUCCCCAAACUUCAGAAGUUGCUUGAGUCUGACUACUUCAGGUUUUAUAAGGUGAACCUAAAUAAGCCAUGUCCGUUCUGGAAAGACAAUAGCCUCUGUGGACAAAAGAACUGCGCUGUGAUACCAUGCACACCAAAUGAGGUCCCAGAGGGAAUCAAAACAAAUGACCACCACAAUAUGUACUCCGCAGAAGCGAAUCAAGAGUGUGAGAAGGCAGAGAAGCUUGGGGCGGUGAACAGCUCCCUCAGUGAGGAGACCAGACAGUCCCUCCGUGAAUGGAGCAAGCAUGAUGAUGAGGCAGAGCGCUUCUGUGUGAUUGACGAUGAGGAGUCUCCUGAUUCCCAGUACGUGGAUCUACUUCUAAAUCCAGAGCGUUUCACUGGUUAUAAAGGGCCAGAGGCCUGGCAAAUAUGGAACAGCAUCUAUGAGGAGAACUGCUUCAAACCAUACACUGUAAAGCGGCCUUUAAAUCCUAUGUCAGCCUACAGUGGAAGCGAUGGGAAGAUGUUUUACAGUUGGCUGGAAGGCCAGUGUGUGGAGAAAAGAGCUUUCUUCAGACUUGUCUCCGGGCUCCACUCUAGCAUCAACAUACACCUGAGUGCACGAUUCCUCCUGGAUGACAACUGGUAUGAAAAAAAGUGGGGUCACAACGUCUCUGAGUUCCAGCAACGCUUCGAUGCCCAGCUGACUAAUGGUGAGGGCCCAAAGAGGCUGCGGAACCUCUACUUCCUGUAUCUGAUCGAGCUGCGUGCCCUCGCCAAAAUCCUGCCUGUCCUCCAGCGCCCCUCCUUCCAGCUGUACACUGGCCAGUCCGUCCAGGACCAACAACUUAAACUCCAGCUUAUAGAGCUCCUCCAGGUGGCCAAGUCCUUCCCUCUGCACUUUGAUGAGACGACUCUGUUUGCGGGGAAUAAGGAAGAAGCAGCCACGCUCAAGGAGGAUUUUCGGCUGACCUUCCGUAACAUCUCCAGGAUAAUGGACUGUGUGGGUUGCUUUAAGUGCAGACUCUGGGGCAAGCUGCAGACUCAGGGGUUAGGCACAGUCCUGAAGAUCUUGUUUUCUGAGAGGCAGAUCGAGGCCCUGCCCAAAUCAAGCAAUUCCAGGCCCACGUUCCAGCUCAGCCGCCAAGAGCUAGUGUCCCUCCUCAAUGCUUUUGGAAGGAUUUCAACAAGCAUCAGAGAGCUGGAGAACUUCCGAUCGCUCCUGUCCAUGGUCCGGUAGCCAAUCGGAAAGACCACAGUAUUUAUAUUAAAUCAUCCAUCUUCCCGGCUGAUUAGAAAUUAUUCCAGAUACAGCAUCAUGUUUUGAAGGGUUGCUGAAAGACCUGUAAAAUGGACUUAAGGGAUACUACUAAACAAAGGAACAUGGACUGCCACCAAUACGUCUCAAGCUACUUUUUCUAUGUAAUUUCAAAAACAAUUGGUGAGUUACUUACUAAGUCAGCCACAUGAAACAUGCGUAAACAUGGCGUGAAAGGCAGUUUAAUAUAGGUUUUGUUUUCUGUGACUGAAAAAUUUGGUGCAAAUGGUAACUAAACAAAUAAAACAUGUAAACAGC